GACUGAAUAUGAACAUGUGAUCAAUACAGUUACUUCUUUGCCUUCGCCUGAUGCUAAUGAGUGGCAACAGUCAAUAAAUGGUAGACUGGUACUCAUGCUCUUUGCAAGUUUCAUAGGUUGGUCUGGGGUGUGAAUCAUUCCGGCAGGUGGAUGCCUUGUUGAUGUCCAGCAAGACGAAGCAAGAUGGCGAUUAUAAGUGGCACAGUGCUGGUUCUUUCGUUCAUCGCUCUUACUUGGGGAGACCAAACUAAGAACCCCUACUUCCGCAAAUACCACAGCAUCAAUCUCGGGAACAAGAGUAUCGGAGGCACAGAGGAAACAAUCAACGCAUUCGGCACUGAUUACAAUCUUCGCAACUACCGAGGGAUUCCGUACGCUGAACCUCCAGUCGGGAAACUUCGUUUCAAACCACCCGUUCCAAAGGUUUUACCAGACGGUUACAAUGCGACUGGUUUUGGUGACGCUUGUCUUCAAAAUAGUCCUGAUUUGGUAAAGAAUGACACUUUGAUAACUGACCCUAUGUACCACACGAAGCAGAGCGAGGACUGUCUGUAUCUCAAUAUCUAUUCGCCAGCAGAUGCAAGCCCAACCAAGACGAAAGCGGUCCUUGUGUUUUUUCAAGCCCGUGGUGGAUGGGUGGCGGCAGCCGGGCAUCAACACAAUGGGAUGGUACUCUCCGCACUUGGAGAUAUUAUUGUGGUGACGUUCAAUUACCGCCUUGGUGUGUUUGGAUUUCUCCAAACAGGGGUGAAAGGAUCUGGUGCAAACUUUGGAGUACAAGACCAACAAGAGGUGAUCAAAUGGGUAAGCUCGAACAUCCAAUACUUUGGUGGUGACAAGGACAGGGUGACAAUAUUCGGAAUACGGACGGGCGGUGUCGACGUGACUCUCCAUGCUGCUGUUAUAGGGAAGAUCCAAAAAUUAAUCAGAGGCGUCAUAUUAUCUGGAAAAACAGCAACAUCUAGCAUUCCUACUGGUCUCGAAAUUUCAGACAAUCCAGGUAGAGCAAGCAUGCUGCUUGCCGAAUUCACAGGCUGUAAAGAGAGAGCUAUCACCAGCGUUGACGAGACAGAACGUCUCUUUGAGUGCCUUCGUGGGAAGACAGCAGCUGAAGUGUUCCAGGCGAGUUUAAAAGUGGCAAGGAAAGUGUUGGAACCUAAUUCGACCGAGACGCCACCUUGGGGACCUAGUGUUGAUGGCAGCAUUAUCAAGUUCCAUCCUUCCUAUUACUACCGCACCUUGGAUCCUCGUUACCGACUUCAACCUCCUAUGAAUGCUAGUGUGUUGAUCGGGGUACGAUAUGUUGACGGUGCAAUCUGGAAUAGAAUUUUCGAGGAAAGGCUAAUGUUUUUCUCGGCGGCAAAUCUGACACCACCAGUAACGAAGCUUUCAGAAACGGUACUAAAGACCAUCCUCUUACCACGACUUUUCAUCAAACUCAAAAACCGGGAUAGAGUCGCCAAAGCAUCAUUCCAAGAGUACUUCGCUGGUUUACCCUCCGAUGCCUCCUAUGACACGGUGCGAAAGGACAGAUUCACUGAAAUGAUUCAAGACUUGCUUUCCUCCUCAGGCCUUAUCGGGAUCGCCAGGUCUCGAGCUCGCGUCCAAAUUGGUAGAACAUUUAUGUACCACUUUACGCAGGAAGAUCCUACUCUAUUCCAAGGUCAAACUCUCUCAAGGUCACUAGAACAGACGUAUGUGCUUGGCGAUAUAGCUUUGGUGAACACGACCAUGAACGUCCGGCCUAAUGUUACCAUGGAUACCACUGAGAAUAUAACAUCAGUGGACAAAGACAUGACCAUUGCUAUGAUCAACUACUUCGCCAACUUUGUCAAAUUUGGGAACCCAAAUGGUAACAUGAGUGAUGCAUCCCGUUCAAACACCUACCCCGAAUGGCCAGAAUUUACCACGGCCAAUCACUUAUACAUGGACAUUGGCUCAAACAGCACCAGUCUCGUCCUGAAUGUAAAGAAGGAUCUGCGCGCCAAACAAGCCUCGUUCUGGUUAGAGUAUAUCCCCUAUAUCAUGGGCAAGACAUGCACUGUACCAGAGUCAUGCGAGACAAAGUGCCCCUCACUGGAGGGUCGGAACAUCGGUGAUCUUGAUAUAACAGUGGGCCAAGCGCAAGCUGUUAUUGUGAUCCUGGCAGUAGGUACCGCUGUGUCUGGAUGUCUUUCUCUGAUUCUCCUCUCUGCCUGCAGUAAAUUGAGAAAGCAGGUCAAACUGAAGUAAAAGAAUGCCAAUUCUCCCAAAGAUAACCUAGGAUUCUCAUGAGUUAGAGAGACUGGAUUAACUGACUGUAACUGGUCAACCAAGCAACUCUGGUCGGCUGCAGAAGUGCCGAAAAAUAUAAAUGCAUAUUGCGCAAUAUCUGGUGCGAGUGAUAAGCAAACAACCUGGAAACAAAAUGUACUGAUCUCCGUUACAUAUGGCCGAAGUUUGGGAAAUUCUUCACUGAUAUUCUAACCCAAAAGUAUACAAUCUUUUUUAUGUCACCUUGCAGUCUGACCUCGGUAGGUUUCAACCACUUUAUGUAUUCUCAGUCAUUGGCAUGUCGAAAUCAUAUGUACAAAUGUACAUGUAUAUGUGUAAUUUCAUAGAUAAUAGAUUGUACGUUCGCUUUACGGUUAAUACAA